AUGUUCAAGCAUCAUCAUCAAAGAGCCAUUAUUUUACGAGGUACACCUCGGUUAUUUGCUGCUGUCGCUGCUGGCCAUGCUUCGUCCGUUCCGUCGCGGCCCAAGCUACCGCCCCCGGAGGAUCCACCGGCCCGCAGCAGGUCGCGCUCCGCCUCCGGCCUCUCCAACGUGAUCCGAGGCUCUCCCGCCGCCGGCAAGUUCGUGCCCUCGCCCGCGCCACCUCGCCUCGGCCCAUCCGAAGACUCGCCAGCAGCCCAGCCCCCUUCCACGCAGGUGUCGCCCUACUCGCCGUGGUACCUCGCCACUCUCUGCCCAUCCCCAGCCAGCCAUUCCAACGCCGCCCCUAUGCUGUCUCACCUUCGCCGCGGUACCUCGCCCCGCCCGCUUCUACGAGUGACUCCUCAGGCUUCAGCCAGUCUGACCACCGCCUCGCACCCACGGCUGCCUCCCUUCUUCGCCAGCCCGACACACCAGUCACUCGCCGCCUCACCAGCCUCCUGCCGCUUGGACGCCACAAAGAAGCCUCUGCAGCAACCAUACGAUGGCCCCUUCACCGUCAUCAAGAGGACGCGGAAGAACAUCACAAUCGACCGCCACGGCAAAUCCGAUGUCAUCGCCAUCGACCGGGUCAAGCCCGCGUACCUCCUGCGGCCGGAUCCUCCACCCACCAACACCGUGUCAGUGUCCCCCAGUCCAGUGCUUACAGACAAAAUCCAGUGCCGCAAGAAACAUGUGUCGACAACGCCAUACACUCCUUCUGAGCGAGUCCAUAACAGCGUGGGGCCGGCCAAUCAGCCGUAA